AUGAAUCCUAUCUUCCUCGAGCCGCAUCUGAUCGAACCGGGCCCCCGGAAAAAGUCUCGUAAUGAUGCUGCCACUGGGGCGUCCGCCGCUGGUGUUCGUGCCCUCAGUGCGCAGAUGGUUGCCUUUUACUUUAGGGCGCCGAUCAAAGCCUUUUUCCGCACCCGAGUCGAUUACAUGGCAUUUGCAAGAGCUGUGAACCCGCGCGUUGCCGAGGGAAAAUGGUCAAUCCAUACUACAACCCCAGGACUAUUACUUCAUGCCGUCCGGACAUAUGGCUGGCAAUUUAUACCGAACCAAGUCUUGCCUCCUCUCAUAGCAAAUGCUGCUCCUUUUAACCGAAGAGUCGGCGCCGUUCUUUAUACGUCCUAUCUUCAAGUUCUAGGCGCUCUUCAUGAACCUGUGUCUCAAGGAGCCAAGCGGAUUUGGCCUCCCGCACCUCCCUCUUCUACUUUCACGGCUGGUUUCGCGGCUGGUACCAUUCAAUCUAUCAUUGCGGCCCCAUUAGAUGCGUUGCAGGUUCGACUGCAAACCAGCGACAUGUUGGAGGGCCAGUAUCGAAGUAUGUGGCAUUACGGUCACCAUAAACUCAAACAAAUCGGUCUGCGAGGCGUCUUCGCUGGCUGGAGCCUUUCUUUGAUGCGCGACUCGCUCGGUUAUGCCGUCUUCUUUUCUGCGUUUGAAUACAUCAAAUCUCAGUCGUACUACUCUUUCAUCACAUGGUACUAUGGAUCCUUACACUCCACUCAUCUGGAUAUGCUACCGUCAUCCGGUUCCAGUGAUCGUGGCGUCCCUCUCAUCAAACCACAUUACGCGCUGGAGCCGUGUUUCUUGAUGACGGCCGGCGUGGUAGCAUCGGUGGCACAGCAGGCCAUCCAGCAUCCAUUGAGCAGAAUCCAGGAUCUAUACUUGGGACGACUGGAAUACCUUGACCACCAGGCGAGCCUGGACCACUCGCGAAAGCAGAUGCUACGAUUAUACUACCAUGCCUACCAGGAGACCUGGAAACGAUGCGAACGCAAGGCCACGCGAGCUGGGGGUUGGCGAGCUUGGCUAUUCCGCGGGUUUGCGAGCAGCGCCAUUCGCCAAGUGCCUAGCACAAGUGCCGGCCUAGUGAUCUUCGAACUUGUGCGCCGGCGAUAUGCGAGUCAAGACGAUACUCCCGCCGCCAACAUUCCUUCUCUAACCUCCCCGCGUGCCAUACCCCUCCGUUCACUCCCUAAUCCCAAUACGUCCCCCGUGCUGGAAUCCGCCAGCGAGAAGGGAAGUCGACGAUCGUCUCACACGUCUGCUCGCUCCGUCGAGUCGGACUUCUCGAUCUGGUCGGACACCGGUGAUCUUGCCGAGCAGCUCGCCGAGGACCCGCUUCAGUCCCGCGUUUACAAUUCCUCAAGUCGAGGACUCUCAGGCUCCCAGAAGAAACGUUCAAAGCGGGUCCAUUAUCCGGAGGAGCUAGACCACGACUCGCAGUCGGGUAUACAAGACGAGAAACAGAAAAUCAAAAUCCCGAGACCGGCCCCACGGCGUGUAUCUAGAGCAGAGCUUUUCCUGGCCGCCAUCAUGUCCCCUGGCAAUCGGCAGAAUGCCCAUAUCCAUGGCUUGGUGGGAAAGCCGUUGCUCUACUUCACCAGUGUAUUUGUAUCACUAGGCGUUUUUCUCUUCGGCUAUGAUCAAGGCGUCAUGUCUGGCAUUAUAACUGGAUCGUACUUUCGUGAUUACUUUGGCCAACCGUCUCGGGCCACGAUUGGCACUGUGGUGGCUAUCUUGGAAAUUGGUGCCUUCGUCUCCUCGCUCCUUGUUGGGCGUAUCGGUGAUUUGAUUGGCCGCCGAAGAACCAUUCUUUACGGGUCUAUCGUGUUCUUCAUCGGCGGUGCUCUUCAGGCAUUUGCAACCAGCAUGACUUUCAUGAUGGUGGGUCGCAUCAUUGCCGGCCUAGGUGUCGGUGCUCUAUCGACCAUUGUGCCCGUUUAUCAGUCCGAGAUUUCGCCCCCCCACAACAGAGGCAAGUUGGCUUGCAUAGAAUUCACAGGUAAUAUCUCUGGAUAUGCAACCAGUGUAUGGGUAGACUACUUUUGUAGUUAUAUCGAGUCUGAUUACUCUUGGCGUUUGCCCUUACUCUGUCAAUGCAUUAUGGGUGCGUUACUCGGUAUGGGGAGCUUGAUCAUUUGCGAGUCGCCGAGAUGGCUCCUGGAUAACGACCAUGACGAAGAAGGCAUGGUGGUAAUUGCCAAUCUCUACGGCGAGGGAGAUAUACACAACGACCUGGCCCGCCAGGAAUACCGUGAUAUCAAAAUGAAUGUCCUGCUGCAACGACAAGAAGGUGAACGGUCCUAUUCCGAUAUGUUCAGACGCUACUCCAAGCGGGUCUUCAUUGCUAUGUCAGCUCAGGCAUUGGCCCAACUGAACGGAAUCAAUGUCAUUUCGUACUAUGCGCCCCUGGUCUUUGAAUCUGCCGGCUGGGCUGGUCGAUCUGCAAUUCUGAUGACCGGAAUCAACGGCAUUUCCUAUCUGCUGUCUACCAUUCCUCCCUGGUACCUCGUUGAUAACUGGGGUCGACGUCCUAUCCUUCUAUCCGGAGCCGUUGCUAUGAUGAUAUCCCUUUCCAUGAUCUCUUACUUUAUCUACAUCGAGAUCCCAGCCACACCGACAUUGACUGUCAUCUUUGUCAUGCUCUACAAUGCUGCGUUUGGAGCCUCCUGGGGCCCGAUUCCCUGGCUUUACCCGCCGGAGAUUUUGCCCUUGAGUAUUCGCGCGAAGGGAGCGAGUCUGAGUACAGCCUCCAAUUGGGCGUUUAACUGGCUUGUUGGAGAGGUGACCCCCGUCUUGCAGGGCGCCAUCAAGUGGCGACUAUACUUAGUACACGCCUUUUUUUGCGCGUGCAGCUUUGUGCUUGUUUAUUUCUUAUAUCCCGAGACUAGCGGUGUCCGGCUAGAGGAUAUGAAUGUUUUAUUUGGAGACGCAUCGACCGCUAUGCCGACCCCUGCCACAGAAGGGGAGCGAGGCUCUCUUAUGGGCGCUGGCUCGCCCGUUCCUUCGCUGGAUAUUCGUCGGGGUUAUGGGCAAUUCGGCGCCGAAAGCGCCAUCCCGGGACUAGAUAUCGACCCACCGAUAUUAAGCAGCAGUGGUCCUAGCAAAUCUGCUCGACGGGACUCACAGACCGGUGGUACUCGAACAGAGGGUAUCGGUGGCUGGAUUUCGAACAUGGUCAAACGCCACCGAGGGCCGAGUGUUGGUAGCAGCCAGAGUCAAUACAGACGUCUUAAUCAAGGCGAGGAAGGAGAUAGGACAUAG